CCGAGCCCGGAGCGUGCACGCACUGAGACGCCUUGCGGGAGCGAGCGCGUCCCGGAGCCCGCGGGCCGAGAAGCGCUGCGGGUUGGGGGACCCGCGCCUGCGGCUCAGGAUUCCAAGGUUGGAAAUAACAGAAGACCUGGUGCAGCUCCCCUUUGUCGUGCAAGUAAGGAAAUCGACACCUGUCAAGAUUAUCUGUGGCACAUAAACAAUGGAUUCCUUGGACCAUAUGCUGACGGAUCCCCUGGAACUGGGUCCAUGUGGCGAUGGCCAUGGCACACGUAUUAUGGAGGACUGCCUCCUGGGGGGCACCAGGGUUAGUCUGCCCGAGGACCUUCUGGAGGACCCUGAGAUAUUCUUUGAUGUAGUCAGCCUCUCAACAUGGCAAGAAGUAUUAAGUGACUCUCAACGUGAACACCUCCAGCAGUUUCUGCCUCACUUUCCUGAAGACAGUUUUGAGCAGCAAAAUCAGCUCAUCCUAGCCCUGUUCAGUGGGGAGAACUUCCGCUUUGGGAACCCUCUGCACAUUGCCCAGAAACUUUUCCGAGAUGGACACUUUAACCCAGAAGUGGUGAAGUACCGGCAGCUAUGCUUCAAAUCCCAGUACAAGCGCUACCUCACCUCCCAGCAGCAGUAUUUCCAUAGGCUGCUGAAGCAGAUCCUGGCUUCCCGGAGUGACCUACUGGAGAUGGCCCGACGAAGUGGCCCAGCCCUGCCCUUCCGCCAGAAGCGCCCUUCGCCAUCCCGCACACCUGAGGAGCGGGAGUGGCGGACCCAGCAGCGCUACUUGAAGGUCUUGAGGGAAGUGAAGGAGGAGUGUGGUGACACAGACCUGUCAUCUGAUGAGGAGGCCACGUUGGAUUUACAAGAAAAAUUUUCUUUUGAAGAUCUCAGCUCAUGGCUUCCGAGCUCUCCAGCGCGUUCUCCUAGCCCUGCGGUGCCCCUGAGGGUGGUGCCCACGCUUUCAACUACGGAUAUGAAAACUGCAGAUAAAAUAGAACUGGGGGACAGUGACCUGAAGAUAAUGUUAAAGAAGCACCAUGAGAAGCGGAAACACCAACCAGAUCAUCCGGACCUUUUGACAGGGGACCUGACUCUAAAUGACAUCAUGACUCGAGUAAACGCUGGCAGGAAGGGCUCUCUAGCAGCUCUGUAUGACUUGGCUGUCCUUAAAAGAAAGGUUAAGGAAAAAGAGGAGAAAAAGAAGAAAAAAAUAAAACUGAUCAAAUCAGAGGCAGAGGAUUUGGCCGAACCAUUAAGCAGUGCCGACGGGAUCCCACCUCUCUCACAGGCCCCUUCUCCGCUGGCUAUACCUGCUAUCAAGGAGGAGCCUCUUGAAGACCUCAAGCCUUGCCUUGGAAUCAAUGAAAUAUCUUCCAGUUUCUUCUCCCUUCUAUUAGAGAUCUUGCUGCUAGAGGGGCAGGCUAGUCUUCCUAUGCUGGAGGAACGGGUUUUGGAUUGGCAGUCCUCUCCAGCCAGCUCCCUUAACAGCUGGUUCUCUGCGGCGCCCAACUGGGCAGAGUUGGUGUUACCAGCCCUGCAGUAUCUUGCUGGGGAAAGUCGUGCUGUACCUUCCAGUUUCUCUCCGUUUGUUGAAUUCAAAGAGAAAACCCAGCAGUGGAAAUUGCUCGGUCAAUCUCAAGAUAAUGAAAAGGAAUUAGCUGCACUCUUCCAGCUGUGGCUAGAAACCAAAGACCAGGCUUUCUGUAAGCAAGAAAAUGAAGACAGUUCAGAUGCCACAACACCUGUUCCUCGGGUAAGAACGGACUAUGUGGUGCGGCCCAGCACGGGGGAGGAGAAACGAGUUUUUCAGGAGCAGGAGCGUUACAGAUACAGCCAACCCCAUAAGGCGUUCACCUUUCGCAUGCAUGGCUUCGAGUCUGUAGUAGGGCCUGUGAAGGGUGUUUUUGACAAAGAGACCUCACUCAACAAGGCUCGGGAGCACUCCCUGCUGCGUUCUGACCGGCCUGCCUAUGUCACCAUCCUGUCUCUUGUUCGAGACGCUGCGGCCCGGCUGCCUAACGGGGAAGGUACCCGGGCAGAGAUCUGCGAACUGCUCAAGGACUCCCAGUUCCUCGCACCAGAUGUCACCAGCACUCAGGUGAACACAGUAGUGAGUGGGGCACUGGAUCGGCUGCAUUAUGAAAAAGACCCGUGUGUGAAAUACGACAUUGGGCGAAAGCUGUGGAUCUACCUGCAUCGAGACCGGAGCGAGGAGGAGUUCGAGCGGAUUCACCAAGCACAAGCAGCUGCGGCUAAAGCCAGAAAAGCCCUUCAGCAAAAACCCAAGCCCCCAUCCAAGGUGAAAUCCGGUAGCAAGGAGAGUUCCCUGAAGGUCCUUGGCAGCGGCCCCUCCGAGCAGAGCCAGAUGAGCCUCAGUGAUUCCAGCAUGCCCCCCACCCCAGUCACACCCGUGACCCCCACCACUCCAGCUUUGCCUGCCACUCCGAUCUCCCCUCCCCCCGUGUCAUCUGUGAACAAAAGUGGUCCUACUACUGUCUCAGAACCAGCUAAGUCUAGCUCAGGUGUCCUCCUGGUGUCUUCACCAACAAUGCCACAGCUGGGAACCAUGCUUUCCCCGGCUUCCAGCCAGACUCCACCAAACUCUCAGGCGGCCGCCCGGGUUGUGAGCCACUCUGGCUCGGCUGGACUACCCCAGGUGCGGGUGGUGGCGCAGCCUGGCCUUCCUACUGUGACUCAGCAGUCUGCAGGGCCAGCACAGACGCUGCCGCAGAUGCCAGCGGGACCACAGAUUCGCGUUCCAGCCACUGCUACUCAGACCAAAGUCGUGCCCCAGACAGUAAUGGCCACCGUUCCAGUCAAAGCCCAGACCGCGGCGACCACUGUGCAGCGGCCCGGACCCGGGCAGGCGGGGCUCACAAUGACAAGUCUCCCAGCCACGGCCAGCCCCGCGAGCAAGCCGGCCACGAGUUCUCCCGGGAGCUCUGCUCCGAGUGCUUCCACAGCUGCUGUCAUUCAGAAUGUCACAGGACAGAACAUCAUCAAGCAGGUGGCAAUCACUGGGCAGCUCGGCGUGAAGCCCCAGGCGGGCAACAGCAUUCCGCUCACGGCCACUAACUUCCGCAUCCAGGGUAAGGAUGUCUUGCGACUGCCGCCCUCUUCCAUCACGACAGAUGCCAAAGGCCAGACGGUUCUGCGAAUCACUCCGGACAUGAUGGCCACGUUGGCCAAGUCCCAGGUCACCACCGUCAAAUUGACUCAGGACCUCUUUGGGACAGGAAGUGGCGCCGGGGGCAAGGGCAUUUCUGCUACCUUGCACGUCACCUCCAAUCCAGUCCAUGCCACGGACAGCCCUGCCAAGGCCAGCUCAGCCAGUGCUCCUUCAUCCACUCCAACAGGUACCACCGUGGUUAAAGUGACUCCUGACCUCAAGCCAACAGAAGCCUCAAGUUCAGCUUUUCGCUUGAUGCCAGCACUUGGUGUGAGUGUGGCAGACCAGAAGGGGAAAAACACAGUGGCUUCUUCAGAAGCGAAACCAGCUGCCACGAUCCGCAUCGUGCAGGGCCUGGGAGUGAUGCCCCCCAAAGCAGGUCAGACCAUCACAGUCGCAACCCAUGCCAAGCAGGGGUCCUCAGUGGCCAGUGGGUCUGGAACUGUCCAUACUUCUGCGGUGUCCUUGCCCAGUAUGAAUGCUGCUGUGUCCAAGACUGUGGCCGUGGCCUCCGGGGCUGCAAGCACCCCCAUCAGCAUCGGGACGGGCGCCUCUGCCGUGCGGCAGGUCCCGGUCAGCACCACGGUUGUUUCCACGUCCCAGGCUGGGAAGCUGCCUACGCGGAUCACGGUUCCACUGUCUGUCAUCAGCCAGCCUAUGAAGGGCAAAAGCGUGGUCACGGCCCCCAUCAUCAAAGGCAGCCUUGGAGCCAACCUCAGUGGGUUGGGCCGCAAUAUCAUCCUCACCACCAUGCCCGCGGGUACUAAGCUCAUUGCUGGCAAUAAGCCUGUUAGUUUCCUCACUGCCCAGCAGUUGCAGCAGCUUCAGCAGCAAGGUCAGGCCACACAGGUGCGCAUCCAGACUGUCCCCGCAUCCCAUCUUCAACAGGGAACAGCUUCUGGUUCCUCCAAAGCAGUCUCCACUGUCGUCGUGACUACAGCUCCAUCUCCUAAACAGGCACCUGAACAGCAGUGAUUCAGGGAGCGAGAGAGAGAAAGACAGAGAGCGAGAGAUGGCGUCCGUGAAAGAGCGCACCCGGUCUGCCCUCCUGGCCGAGAGGAGGGGAGCAGGGAGGUGGCAUCGUUCUCCUCAGCUUGUCUGUUUAGGGAAGGACAGCAGUGGGAUGAUGGCAGCGGUGGUGGCCUGGAUCUCCACUGCACUCCACAGUGGAGCACGCCGAGGAGUCCCCCCGGGCUUCCAAGGGCUGUUCAUUCCGAGCCGGGAGAAGCUCCUCUGUUAGGGUCGGGUGAGGUCAUCGUUGUGCCACUCGAGCCACAGUUCUCUCCUGAGAGCCAGACACCGGGGAAGGCUUACAGCCGCCGAGUGUGCCAAGUGGCCAGAAGCCUCGUUCUGUACGGGGAUUAGAUUUUUUAGCUUCUGCUCUUCUCCGUGACUAGUGGUCUAGAUAGGAGUUUUGUGUCCAGAAAUUUUUAUGUAACUUAUUUUUUUAAAGAACCUGUUGUAUAUCUUUACCCAAUAGAAACCUGGGCCGUAGCCCUCCCACCCUGUCCUCCGAACUGAUUGCUGCUAUUCUUUUGACCAGAAGAAAAUAGCAGAAUUCUUAGUAAGUUGGUGGCUGACUUGAUCACUACAUAGUAACGGGGAGGCUGAAAGGUGGGCAGGAAACCUAGGGAGUGAGAGAACGUGGGUUCCCCCAAGUGGGAUGAGCCUGGCACUGCUUCAUGAAGAGGUUUCGAGAUCUUGAGUGUGGGCCAUAGCUUCACCUGCUGACUACGUCCUGCUUGUCAGCCCUGUUCACACCAAAGUCCGGAGCCGGCAGACAGAGUAGGCCAGCGCCAGCAGAAAUGCUGCUUUUGUAGCUCAGACGUUACUGCAGUUCAGAGGUUAUACGUUCUGCUUUGCUCCAGAGCACGAGUCUGCAAACCACAGCCCUGGGGCUGGCUACUUGUUUUUGUAAAUAAAGUCUUAUUGGAACACAGCCCACGGCCAUUUGUCUGUGUGUUACCAUGGCUGCUUUCAGUUAGAAGGCAGACCCAAGUAAUUGGCUUGGAGUCCAUAGGCCCUCAAGCCCCUUGGGUAAAACUUUGCUGACUUCUCUGGAGUAGAGACGGCACGAAGAGCAGGGUGUGUGCACUAGGAGCAGCACGGUCACGGGAGAGGUCAGUCGGGAUUUAUCGGUCCUGUCAUCCCGGCUGUGUCACACUUCUCAGCCUCCACCAAGCUCUAGGCAGAGCUCUGAACAAUGUUUUAAAAUGUAUUAAGUAAUUAAAGCACUGGUUGUGAACAA